AGACCGUCUCUGGGAUCUUAGCGGGUAGUUGUAUUCUUUUUGGAAUUUCAAUUUUGGGGUUUAGCAAGUGAAGGAACUGACCCUCGAACCCUCUACAUAAUGGGGGAGCAGAUUGUCCUUCGCCGAGCUCCCUUUUUCUGCCGGCGGUUGAUCGCUGUUCUUGGCGUUGAGAACCCGCCAAGCCCCGCCAUCUACCUGCGUCGCUGCCGCUGUUCCUCUUCCACAGCCAAAGCUGAGGCAGAGAAAGAAGCCGAUACUGCAGAUAAGAAUGGCAAGUGGUUCACUCUACCUCCGUACACUUCCUCUAUAAAUGGCGCUGCUCUUGGAAAAGAGCUCGCUGGAAGGCAAUCAGAUACUAAGUGCAAAACUGCCACCACCAUGACGGCCCUGAAGUGGGUUCUCCAUUGCUGCCCUGAGUUUCCAAGGUCUCUUGUGCAAAAGCUGUUUCGAUUAAGACAGGUUAGAAGGUUAUCCUCUCCUGAUCAACAACCUCAAUGCAAGAGGGUGAAUGCUAAGGAGCCGAUGCACAUAGGGGAUCAAAUAGUUCUUCCUAUAACUGUUGGAAAGUUUCCUGCUGAAAAGAAAGUCGAGCACUUUUGCAGUGAAGAGCAAAGAGAGUUCUUUCAAAGUAUUGAAUUGUACAAGGACCCAUCUAUUCUUGUUGUAAAUAAACCGCCUGGGAUGCCUGUUCAGGGUGGUGUAGGCAUAAAAAGAAGUUUAGAUGAAUUGGCUGCAAAAUAUAUGAGAUAUGGCUAUCCAGAGCCCCCUCGUUUGGUACACAGACUAGAUAGAGAUUGUAGUGGGAUAUUGGUGAUGGGAAGAACCCAAUUGAGUGCGACGGUUUUGCAUGCCAUCUUCCGGGAGAAGACAUUUGAAGCAUCUAGUGAUGAUGCUGAGCGUACAAAAAGAAAUUUGCAAAAGAAGUAUUGGGCUCUUGUAAUUGGUUGUCCUAGACGUGCUGGAGGAAUAAUUUCAGUGCCUCUGGGAAAGGUGAUGGUGGAUAAUGGGAAAUCUGACCGUAUUACCGUAAUGGAUGAUGGCCGUGCACAAUCAGCACAAUGUGCUGUGACAGAGUAUCGAGUCAUUGAAACUUCUGAUAAGGGCUUUACAUGGUUAGAGCUAUCUCCUCUUACUGGCAGAAAGCACCAGCUGCGGGUUCACUGCGCUGAAGUACUGGGAACGCCGAUACUUGGGGAUUAUAGAUACGGGUGGCAAGCUCAUAGGAAUUUGAAUAAGCAAUAUCUUCCCGAGCAGAAGGGGGGCCCUCUUGGCUUCAAUAUGAGGAAUGGCAGCGAGUCUGAUAGGCAGCAGCCUCCUCAUCUUCAUCUGCACUGCAGAGAGAUGGUUUUGCCCAACAUAUCUCAGGCUUUGCAACAACAAGCUUCAGAUGGCACUUUCUCAGAAGUUGAAAACAUAAAGCUCUUUGCUCCUCUCCCGCCCCACAUGCAGCGAAGUUGGGAUCAUUUGAAUUCUUAGCUGUCAUUUUGUUUAGAUUCACGAUAGUCGGUCUGUCUAAGCAUCUCUUACCUUUACUGCUUUACAUCGCAUGAAAAACUCACAUAACAAUGAGAAACCAACUGCAUUGUCAUAUUCAAUGCUUUGAUUAAGAAUGUUGAUUUUGAACUUCGAAUAUUCCUUAAAUAAAACCAGGAGCUCCUA